AUGCAGCUGGGGGAGCAGCUCUUGGGCAGCGCGGCCAGCCUGCCCGGCGCCCCCUUUUACCCGCUGGACGGCGCGGGCGGACGCGGCGGCGGCGGCGGCUCCUCCGCGCGCCACUUGGGCUCCGGGUCGCCGCCGCCGCGCCUCGACUUGGAGAAGGGCCCGAAGAAGUUCGGCGCGGCCGCGGGGCCGGCGGUGACAGCGGGCCUGCUGGGCGACGCGGAGGCGGCGGGCGAGACGGCGCCCUUCGCCGCGGCCGCCGGCCAGGUGCCCGCCAAGGCGGCCCAGGCGCCGGACGGCGCGCGCAAGGGCUCGCCGUGCCCGGCGGAGGAGGAGGCGCUGCCCCCGGCGCCCGCGCCCGCGCGCUACGCGCUGGACGGCCUGAGCCCCGAGCGCUACUACCUGCAGUCGCCCGGCCCGCAGGCGGGGGCCGAGCUGGGCGGCCCGUGCGCCCUCUUCCCGUACGCGGGAGCGGCCGGCGGCGCCCAGCCCGGCUCCAUGUACCAGGCGCCGGGCGGGGCGCGCUACCCCUACGGCUCGGUGCUGUCGCCGCCGGGGAGCUUCUCCGCGGCGGCCGGCAGGACGUCCUUCCCGGCCGGCGCGUACCAGUACGGCCAAGGGGGCCCUCCGGGCGGCCUCUACAGUCCGUACCCGCCGCCGGCGGCGGCGGGCUCCUGCGGCGGACUGGGGGGCCUGGCGAUGCCCGGGGGGGCGGCCGGGCUCCGCGCCCAGGUCUUCCUCUGCAACCGCCCCCUCUGGCUCAAGUUCCACCGGCACCAGACCGAGAUGAUCAUCACCAAGCAGGGCAGGCGGAUGUUUCCUUUCCUGAGUUUCAACAUCACAGGCCUCAACCCCACAGCCCACUACAAUGUCUUUGUGGAGGUGGUGCUGGCAGAUCCCAACCACUGGCGCUUCCAGGGGGGGAAAUGGGUGACCUGUGGCAAAGCGGACAACAAUAUGCAAGGCAACAAAGUUUAUGUUCAUCCUGAAUCUCCCAACACCGGAGCCCACUGGAUGAGGCAGGAAAUUUCCUUUGGAAAACUGAAACUCACGAAUAACAAAGGGGCCAAUAAUAAUAAUACCCAGAUGAUAGUUCUGCAGUCUCUGCACAAAUACCAGCCUCGUCUUCAUAUAGUAGAAGUGACCGAAGAUGGUGUGGAGGAUAUUAAUGACUCAUCUAAGACACAGACAUUUAACUUUCCUGAAACUCAGUUCAUAGCUGUUACUGCAUAUCAGAACACUGAUAUCACACAGCUUAAAAUUGAUCAUAAUCCCUUUGCAAAAGGCUUUCGGGACAACUAUGAUUCCAUGUACACAGCUUCUGAAAAUGACAGAUUAACUCCAUCUCCCACGGAUUCUCCUAGAUCCCACCAGAUUGUCCCAGGAGCCCGGUACAGCGUACAACCCUUCUUCCAGGAACAAUUUGUCAACAACCUGCCUCCAGCUAGAUUCUAUAAUGGGGAAAGGACUGUACCUCAGACAAAUGGCCUCCUCUCUCCUCAACAGAACGAAGAGGUGACCAAUCCUCCUCAGAGGUGGUUUGUUACUCCAGUUCAGCAGCCUGGGGCCAACAAACUGGACAUGAACUCCUAUGAAACUGAUUAUUCUCCUAGUACUUUACUUCCAUAUGGUAUCAAAUCCCUUCCCCUUCAGACAUCCCAUGCUCUGGGAUAUUACCCUGAUCCAACGUUCUCCUCCAUGGCAGGAUGGGGGAGCAGAGGCUCUUACCAGCGGAAAGUGUCUACUGGCUUACCUUGGACCUCCAGAACGAGCCCUCCAGGUUUCUCUGAAGACCUGAUUUCUAAGGAAAAGGUUAAAGAAGAAAUGGGCUCAUCCUGGAUAGAGACCCCACCCUCCAUAAAGUCUCUAGAUUCAAAUGAUUCUGGAGUCUACACUGGUGCUUGUAAAAGGCGGCGAAUCUCCCCAAGUACGUCCAGCAAUGAAAAUUCUCCAACAAUGAAGUGUGAGGACAUUAAUGCUGAGGACUAUGGCAAAGACACUUCUAAAGGCAUGGGUUACUACGCAUUCUAUACCAGUUCUUAAUGUGCUAAGUACUGGUCUCAUGUUAAAACUUGACUGUCUGUAAUUUCAGUGGUGGUGCAGAGUCCUCUGGCAUAAACACUGCCAAAGGAACUCUUACCUUCCACCGUUUUGACAAUGUACUUGUGCAAUUCUAUAGAAGGUGCCAAAGUUUUGACUGAUUUCUGCAGGUAAAAAGGGAAGAAACAGGGUAGCACUAAAAGGAACCAUGGUCUCUUUCCUCCCCCCUACCAAGAAGAUGUGAGGGAGGGUCUAGGCAGACUGGAGGAAAGGUGGGGUGUUAAAGAUGUAUAGUUUGGCCAAUGGGUAAGUGCUGUGCACUACCAAGCUAUUUCAAGGUUCCCGGAGUGAGGGAAGAGCAGGUGCUUCUUGAAUAAAUUCCUACCCUAUUGGAUUUGUUAUCACUGCUAAAGAGUGGACAUAUUCCAAACAGAGGGUUUUUCUAUGGAGGCAUUUCUUACGAAAUACGCAAGAACCAAAAAUCAAACUCUUCCUUUAAUGAUAAAACCUUGCUUUGUCCUGUCUUAGGAGACUCUAAAUGUCUUGGCAGAAAGUUAUGGCAGUGAAGGAAUCCUACAAAGGUAGCAAAAAACAAACACAAAAACCAGUAUUAUGUACAGCUCUGUGUCUAGGUAUAUUGUAGACUAUGACAAAGCAUUCUGUUAUAGUUGUAGUCAUGGCAGUGCAGUUGGGUGUCUGAAGCUGGUGUGUGUUGGGAGUUCUUUAUUUAAACAACUUCUAAUCUGACAGUGGCCACUGAAGCUGAGAGUACAUCAAAAUAUCUAUUUAUUGGUAGGUGGUGAAUGUAUUUUUCAGCUGUUCUAAAUGGAAAGUGUGUUGUAACUCCUGUUGCUCCGUCUGUAAAUACUCUUAUCAGAUGAUGUUGAGGUGGCAAAAGACUAAAGCAAAGCAUUAGUUUUAU